GAGCGCGUUCCCGAGCUGAUGCGGCUGCAGACAGGCGUCGACCGCCGCUAUUCCAAGCUGAGCGCCAGCAGGGACCGCUUUGAGGCCCGCCUGGCACGCGACAGGGCUGAGGGGGAGAGGGAGGUCAUGAACGUGGGCGGAGUGGGCGGGGUCGGGGGCGGCGGCGGGGUCGGGGGC